AUGAGCAAUGGCGGAGGAGGAGGGGCAGCUAGUGGAGGAGGAGGAAGCACGCAAAUUGGCGGAGGAAGUCUCCUCCGAAGAAUCGCUUCGACAGGUGUGAUUGCCGGAACGGUACUACUGUCGAGAUUAUUCCUGUGCACUACACAGACUGUCGAGUACGAAGGUCUGGAAAAAUUCCUGGAGUUGUUAAGAAGUCGACGGGAGGUUUCGGGGAGGAGGCAAGGGCUGGUUACGGGUAAUUCUCCCUCCAUCAUAGCAUUCCCACCCUGUCGCUCAUUCCUUCUUCCCUCACUUUCACCUCUGCUUCUUCGUCGCCCACCAAUCGAGAGUAUUACUAACUCGAACUAAAGUCUCUAAUCAUAUUAGCAUGUACCACCCCCCCUCCUCCCCCGCCAAAACUCGACUAACAAUAUUACCCUGCCCAGCCUCGAUGACCCCCUACUCUUUGCCCCCCUCCCCCUCCCCCUCCUCCUGCACCCUCCAUCGAUCCGCUACUCUCUGGGCUCCCACGAUGUCUGCUUUCGCAAUGCCCUAACCUCAACCUACUUCAACCUCGGGCAAGUCCUACCAACCUACCGUCUGCACAAGUCCCCUCUCGGCGGUCCCUUCCAGCCCGCCAUAAACACCUCCAUCGCCCUCCUCUCCCACCCUCAUCACGCCUGGGUGCACGUAUUCCCCGAAGGUCGUGUGCACCAGAAGCACGAUUACCAGAUGCGCUACUUCCGCUGGGGCGUUAGUCGCUUACUCCUCGAAGCAGACGUACCCCCACUUGUGGUGCCGAUAUUUAUCACCGGGCUGGACCAAGUCAUGCAUGAGGGGCGCGGAUGGCCGAGGUUUCUGCCGAGGGUUGGGAAGAGGGUCCGGGUUUGCUUUGGCGAUCCGGUCGAUGGGAGCAGGUGGGAGGGUUUGAGAAGGGAGUGGAAGGAGGUUGUACGGGAUUGUGGUGGCGAUAGGGAGAAACUUAGACAUGCGGAUAAAGCGGUGGAGUUGAGGAUUCGCACCACGUGGGAGGUGAGGAUGGCAGUUGGUGAGCUCAGGAGACAGCUGGGAUUUCCCGAGGAGGAGAAGGGAGCAGGCUUGGUGGAGACUUACAAAUUACCUGGGAUGCGAAAGAUGCAGGGCAAGCUGGCGGAUGGGACGUGGGAGAGGGAUGAUGUU